AUGUCGCGCGCGCCGCCUCUCCACGCCGUCCUGCCCGCCCACGUCGCGCCGCCCCGGCGCGGCACCCUGCAGCCGGCCCGGCGCCCAGCAGCUCUUAGGCACGGAUGGAGGAGGGCGUCGGGGGCGGCGCGUCUAGCUGUCGGGGGAGCCGCGUCGAGGGCGGCGCCGGGGGAGGACGUCGGGGCCAGCGCCUGGCUCCCGCCGCCGCAGCCCGCGGACCUCGGCCGCGUCUCCCAGCGGCGCGGCGCGGCCCCCCCCCUCGCGUUCCGCGCCGCCGCCGCCGUCCAUGCGGCGAGGUGGAGGUCGGCCGCGUCUUCCGGCGGCGCGGCGGGCGGAACUCGGCUUCAGGCGGAUCUCGGCCACGGCUCCCGGUGCCGCGGCGGGCGGAGCUUGGCUAUGGCUCCCGGUGGCGCAGCGGGCGGGGAACCCCGCCGGCGGCGACGGCCCCCUCUCCUCCUCCUCCUCCUCCUCCUCGUCCUCCUCCCUCUCGCGGCCGCGCGGCCGGGCGGGCGGGCCUCGCCCGCGUUCGCGUCCGCCUCUUCUCCUCCCACCCCCAGUCCCCCACUCUACCUCUACCUCCUUUACCGCUGGGAGCGCGUUCCUCGUCAUGGAGUAUGCCGGGUGGAGCCUGGCGGAGAUCUUGGAGGAGCAGGAUGGCCGCGGCGCCGGGCGGGCAUCCACGGAGGCCAAGGCGCGCCGUGUGAUGCGGCGCCUCCUGGAGGGCGCGGCGUCGUCCUGCACCAGGACCUUCAUGGAGAAAGAAGCUGUUGUCGGCGUCGCCCAAGUCCUCAAGGAAGCAGCUCUACGGCAACCUUGUCGCUGCUGAGAAUCCCAAGUGGAAUCCCCGAGGUUGAGAAUCGUGUUGUCGGAGUUCCUUGUGGGGUAAUGGACCAUAUGGCAUCUGCUUGUGGAGAAGCUAACAAACUCCUUGCGAUGGUUUGCCAGCCUGCAGAAGUUGCUGAACUGGUUAACAUUCCAAUCAACUCAUAUACUUUUUAACCGAUUCACUAUUCUACUUUGUUAUAGAUUUUCUCAAGUACUGUACUAAAUUGAUUUGAUUUCACUCAAUUUCGCUGUUUCACAAGGUAUGAGCCCAAAAUUCAUCUACCUUUUCUUUCUUUUUCUUUU